UGGACCUUGUACAUCAAGGCUCUCUUGGAUGCUUCUAGACACAGCCACAUCCCCACCCAACAGGGCUCUGGCGCAAACUACUCCUGUGUCCACACCUCAUUCUGUUCGUCCCAUCGCCCUGGGAGUUGGCAGGACGGUGGCCCUCUGUUUGAUUCACAUGUUAGGAAACUGAGGCUCCAAGAGGCUCAAUGACUUGUCCGAGGCAGCAGGUCCCCAGUCUGGGAGGACGGGAUUGAAGUCGUUUUUCCCAAAGAGGGAGGGCUUGAGUCUGGCCAUUCUUGGCCACAGGACUAAGCCAGUGCCCAGGCCCGUAGGGAUCCUUGCUGUACCAUGGGCCUGGGUCCCAGCCUCUCUGUCCAUCUUUCUGUUUGCCCACAUGGCCCUAAUUAUCCACCGAAUUAACUUUCUACAAAGUAUCUACUGAGGCCUGAGCUUGGGAAGGGCCUUGAGACACCCCCUGCGUGAGCCCCCAGAUGGGCUUGGGUUUCUGCCUGGGGCACAGAACCCAGCCCAGCAGGCAGUGCCAGGCUGGUAGGCCUAGUGACUACAGGGGAAAGUCCAGAUAUGCGCUCUAGGAUCAGGCUCCCAGGACCCCCAGGGGUGCAGGUCACCCCCCUACCCUGGGCAUAUGUACACAGAGACCUGCAGGCACACACGCACAUAAGCACACCUGCACACACACACAUCACACCGAGGUUUCCAUCUCCAUGCAGAUGCGCUCCUGUGUGGGGACCACAACACACACAGACACACACCGCCACCCCAGGCCCACAGCCCGUGUGCACAUAUUCCCUCCUGUGCAGACGCGCGGCCGGGGCGCCAGGCCCUGUCUCCCGGACACGCGGCAAGAACCUUGGGCCUUCCCCGGCGGCCGCCUCCCUCGCAGACACGCUUAGUCACCUGAAUUUGAUCCAGGCGGGAGGGAGGGACGGAGAGCCUGACGUCAGCCCUCGCAGCCGCCUUCCGCCCGCCCGCGCAUCCAUCUGGGCCACAGCGUGUCCCAGCAAUCACAACAGCAACAGCACCACAACAACUCACUUUUACGGUGCCUCCUUUGUGGCCGGCCCUGUUCUGAGUGCCUUACGCGCACUCCCUCCUCAGCAUCUCAGCACGUGCGUGAGCUUCCCAACAAGGCUACACAGAAGACCCCCCUUGACUGAAGCAAUGGAGGGGGGUCCAGCUGUCUGCUGCCAGGAUCCUCGGGCAGAGCUGGUGGAACGGGUGGCAGCCAUCGACGUGACCCACUUGGAAGAGGCAGAUGGUGGCCCAGAGCCUACUAGAAACGGUGUGGACCCUCCGCCACGGGCCAGAGCUGCCUCUGUGAUCCCCGGCAGUACUUCGAGACUGCUCCCAGCCCGGCCUAGCCUCUCAGCCAGGAAGCUUUCCCUACAGGAGCGGCCGGCAGGAAGUUAUCUGGAGGCGCAGGCUGGGCCUUAUGCCACGGGGCCUGCCAGCCACAUCUCCCCCCGGGCCUGGCGGAGGCCCACCAUCGAGUCCCACCACGUGGCCAUCUCAGAUGCAGAGGACUGCGUGCAGCUCAACCAGUACAAGCUGCAGAGUGAGAUUGGCAAGGGUGCCUACGGCGUGGUGAGGCUGGCCUACAACGAGAGUGAAGACAGACACUAUGCAAUGAAAGUGCUUUCCAAAAAGAAGUUACUGAAGCAGUAUGGCUUUCCACGUCGCCCUCCCCCAAGAGGGUCCCAGGCUGCCCAGGGAGGACCAGCCAAGCAGCUGCUGCCCCUGGAGCGGGUGUACCAGGAGAUUGCCAUUCUGAAGAAGCUGGACCACGUGAAUGUGGUCAAACUGAUUGAGGUCCUGGAUGACCCAGCUGAGGACAAUCUCUAUUUGGUGUUUGACCUCCUGAGAAAGGGGCCCGUCAUGGAAGUGCCCUGUGACAAGCCCUUCUCGGAGGAGCAAGCUCGCCUCUACCUGCGGGACGUCAUCCUGGGCCUCGAGUACUUGCACUUCCAGAAGAUCGUCCACAGGGACAUCAAGCCAUCCAACCUGCUCCUGGGGGAUGAUGGGCACGUGAAAAUCGCCGACUUUGGUGUCAGCAACCAGUUUGAGGGGAACGAUGCUCAACUGUCCAGCACGGCCGGGACCCCGGCAUUCAUGGCCCCCGAGGCCAUUUCUGAUUCCGGCCAGAGCUUCAGUGGGAAGGCCUUGGAUGUGUGGGCCACCGGCGUCACGUUGUACUGCUUUGUCUAUGGGAAGUGCCCAUUCAUCGACGAUUUCAUCCUGGCCCUCCACAGGAAGAUCAAGAAUGAGCCCGUGGUGUUUCCUGAGGAGCCAGAGAUCAGCGAGGAGCUCAAGGACCUAAUCCUGAAGAUGCUAGACAAGAAUCCCGAGACGAGAAUUGGGGUGCCAGACAUCAAGUUGCACCCUUGGGUGACCAAGAAUGGGGAGGAGCCCCUUCCCUCGGAGGAGGAGCACUGCAGUGUGGUGGAGGUGACAGAGGAGGAGGUGAAGAACUCGGUCAGGCUCAUCCCCAGCUGGACCACAGUGAUCCUGGUGAAGUCCAUGCUGAGGAAGCGCUCCUUUGGGAACCCGUUUGAGCCGCAAGCACGGAGGGAAGAGCGAUCCAUGUCUGCUCCAGGAAACCUACUGGUGAAAGAAGGGUGUGGCGAAGGGGGCAAGAGCCCAGAGCUCCCCGGCGUCCAGGAAGACGAGGCUGCAUCCUGAGCCCCUGCAUGCACCCAGGGCCACCCGGCAGCAUACUCAUCCCGCGCCUCCAGAGGCCCACCGCCCUCAUGCAACAGCCGCCCCCGCGGGCAGGGGGCUGGGGACUGCAGCCCCGCUCCCGCCCCUCCCCCAUCGUGCUGCAUGACCUCCACGCACGCACGUCCAGGGACAGGACUGGAAUGUAUGUCAUUUGGGGUCUUGGGGGCAGGGCUCCCACGAGGCCAUCCUCCUCUUCCUGGCCCUUCUUGGCCUGACCCAUUCUGUGGGGAAACCAGGUGCCCAUGGAGCCUCAGAAACGCCACCCGGCUGGUUGGCAUGGCCCAGGGCAGGAGCAGAGGCAGGAGACCAAGAUGGCAGGUGGAGGCCUGGCUUACUGCAACUGAAGAGACCUCGCGCUGGGGCCGGGCAGGCCUGGCUCAGCUGCCACAGGCAUAUGGUGGAGAGGGGGGUACCCUGCCCACCUUGGGGUGGUGGCACCAGAGCUCUUGUCUACUCAAAUGCUGGUGUGCGGGCUCGGACCCCUCACUGGGGAGAGGGCCAGUGUUGGAGAAUUCUGAUUCCUUUUUUGUUGUCUUUUACUUUUGUUUUUAACCUGGGGGUUCAGGGGAGAGGCCCUGCUUGGGAACAUCUCACGAGCUUUCCUACAGCUUCGGUGGUUCCCAGCACACCCCACCAUUAUUUGGCAGCCGAGCGGACGGAGCUGACUUUCCUGGACUGUGUUUCGCAUUCAGCGUUAUCUGGAAAGUGGGCUGAACGGAAUCAAGCUCUGAGCAAAAGCCUGAAGCGGAAGCACCACAUCGUCCCUGCCCAUCUCACUCCCUGCUUUGAUGGCUCCCCAGAGCUGAGGCUGGAGAAGACACCAGGGCUGACUUUGACCGAGGGCCACGGACGCGCCAGGCCUGUGGCCCUGCACAUGCUGAAAUAACUGGAACCCAGCCUCUCAUCCUACACUGGCGUACCCAUCUGGCCCCAAGAGCUGCACUCACAUUCCUACAAUGAAGGACAAACUGUCCAGGUUGGAGGGAUCACGAGACACAGAACCUGGAGGGCUGUGCACACCGGCAGGUGGCCUCUGCGGCAGCUGCCUCACCCUGAGGACAUCAGCAGUCAGCCUGCUCAGAGCGGGGGUGCUGGAGCGCGUUCAGACACAACUCUUCCGAAGCGGCCUUCGCCUUCUCUCUGGGAUCAGUGUCCGGCUGGCCGGCCUGGCGUUGGCUGACCAAAUGCUCAUAGAGGUUGACCCCUAUAGGAAAAUCACACAGGACUCAGACGCUGCCCUGGAAACAUGGAUGGACGAGGGAUUUUGGCCACAGAUGUGGGUUUCCUGUUGGAGGAGGGCUUGUUUGGAGAAGGGAGGCUGGCUGGGGGAGAAACCCGGAUCCCGCUGCAUCUCCACGCCUGUGGGUGCAUGUCGCGCCUCCAUGCGCACACGCGUGCGCGUGCCCAUCUGCUGCACACAGCUCACUCGUAUGUCCUGCACUGGUACACGCAUCUGUAAUACAGUUUCUACGUCUAUUUAAGGCUAUAGGAGCCGAAUGUGCCCCGUUGUCAAUGGGUCCACGUUUCUCCCCGGCUCCUCUGUGCUAAGGCAGAGUGUGGCCCAGGGCUUAAGAAGUUAUUCCGUACUGUUUUUAAGAACACUUUUAUAGAGUUAGUGGAAGGCAAGUGAAGAGCCAAUCACUGAUCCCCAAGUGUGUCUUGAGCAUCUCUGAGCGUCUGGUCUGGGGGGACCACGUCGAUCAGACCCACCCUUGGAAAGCUCUGGGGUGGACCCAGUUGGGAUGCUCACCCCGUCACUGAGGGUUUUGGUUGGCGUCGUCGUUUUUGAAUGUAGCACAAGCGAUGAGCAAACUCUAUAAGAGUGUUUUAAAAAUUAACUUCCCAGGAAGUGAGUUACAAACAAUAAAAGCCCUUUCUUGAGUUAAAAAAAAAAAAAAAAAA